CGGGUCCUCCCAUCCAGUCUCGGCCAUGCCUCAGUCAUCGGAAGCCCAUAAGGCAGUGGCAGCCCUACAGCCUGCUGUGGGCCGACUUGUCUGUACUGGACCCCAACAACGUCCUAAUGCUGAUGAAAUCACCCAGGUGCUCCGUGCCUUCGACCAGAGGUCACUCCAUUACGUGUUUGAACUCGCGUAUGUGCCUCUUGUUGCUAUGCUACGACAAUCCUACAAGUCACUACCCGAGGACUCCACCAUUUCGUUGAUUGAAGCUCUCUCGUACUUACUGGAUAGAACCGAUCCUGCAGGAGAGCCCCCAUUGCCGCAACGGAGACUCCAAUCUCUGUAUCCCACUGUCACCACAGCAGUCCUAUUCCCGAUAUCGGACUUUCACUCAACCGACAGAUCAAUGCCCGAAGAACUUGCUAGGGCCCUCAUCCAACUGGCUAGCGCCCUUCUCAAGUACCGUAGACUCUCGCCAGUGUCCUCUCGGAAUCCCUAUCACAUGGGGUACACGAUACACCUAUUACUCAAUCCACUUCGGUUGGAAGGAGACAGGAAGGGUCAGGUUUUGUGCUUUGAUGCCAUACGUCGUAUAGGGGUAGAGCUUGCUCGAGAGGGAGAGGACCUAGGGCAGUGGUAUCCUGGAGUGGUCAGUACUAUAUCUAGCAACGUGGUGAUGGAUCCACAUGCCUCUAGAGCAGUGCUGUCGGCGGCCCUGGACUGCUGGCGGAAGUGGCUGCUUGCUUGUGUGAGUCCUGACGUGCCUGAAGACGGGCCGCCUCCGCCCAGCGUUACGGGGACAGGCGUUGCUCUCGGUAAAGUGAUUGGAAGAUUCGGGACCUCAACACUGUUACCUGCUGUGCCAACGUCUCGGCUGCUGUUGGAGGCAUUGGAGAGGAUGCCUAGGAGCUGGGGGCAGAUUCCGGACGCAUUGGACAUCAUAGUAACAGCAGCAGCAGUGGAGCAGGAAGGAAGCUUCACAGAGGAGGUCAUGGCUUCACAUCGAUACCAAGAGGAGAUUGCCCGUUAUGCUACCGAGAGAGCAUGCCGUAGUAUAGAUCGAGGCGAUUGGAAGGUCCUCGAGGGAUAUGUCAUGGUAGCGCAGUCGUCGUUGGACGUACGAGAAGUAUGGCAGCGCUGCAUUACCGUGGUGAAACCUCAAGCUGCUGAUAUCAAGGAUGUCUUGUCCGAACGCCAACCUCUGCACCCUGGGGAGUCAGGCUCUCCCCUUGCGGUUCAACAAUCAGUCGAAUCCCUAUGGGCUGAGGUUGAUCGCAUAACUGAUCAGAGUCUCGGCAGUGUGUGGCUAGGCUCAGUCUUGCCAGUACUACGCCGUGUAUGCGGCCGUAUAGUAGAAGUCGGCGAUUUAACUACCUCUAGUGUCAUCGCGGACGCGAGUCGGGUCCCAACCAGCGGCUUCUAUCUAUGGCUCUCUCUCGUACCUGAGGACUAUUGGCAGUGUGUGGAAGUGAUCCAGCUGAUGGUUGGUCGAGUGGAGGAGGAUACCUCGGGGUGGGACGUGGAAAUUUUGGAUGAUAGAGUCGAGAUGUACAUGAUGCUGAGGGCCAUCUCGAAGGCUUGUACCUCUAUAGAUGCUCUAAGUGUGUCUUCUGUCGGUGAGUUAAUCUACGAUAAUGCGGACAGGAUCGUGGAUCGAGUUGUGUAUGGACUGGGUGCCCUCCUAUACGAUUCCACAGGAGAGAUGAGCUUCUGGCUGGCUGAUAUCGUCAAGGAGCUCAUACGGGUGACGACUAAGGACGAGGCAUGGAUCCUCCAGUGCCUCUCAGCGGUUCUGUGGGUGGUGUUCAAGGCGCAGUACCCUGACAUUCGUAGCGGUAGUGGCGUUGCCUCACCGUUAUCAGAGGAAGUACCGGAGCGUCCACCACCCUUGGAGGUCCUGCUGGGCUCACUGAGCGGGGAUCCUGAUGUUGGUGUUGAUGUAUGGCAAGCUCGGAGCUCUGGUGACGCUAUUGGUGCCACGGCCUUGAGCGAUGAGGACCUACGUAGGGCUUUGACUCCGACUGAGUGGAUGGGCAAAGUUUCUCUAGAGAGGGUCACGCCUGUGCUCACUGCCACCGAGUCGGCCUUAUUGACUCCUGCAUUGUGGUGUGUCUCCCGAGCCUUACCCCUUAUCCCCGAACCUGCCCGACCAGCAGCGUUAGCGGACUGCUGGUCCAACUUGAAGGCAGCGGCCAUGCAACCUCGAUCGAAGCCACACUGUCUGCUAGCAUGUCUCAAUCUCCUGUCCAAUGUAUUGCUUACCUCGACUGAGUUGACCAUCUUUAUGAGUCAAAGGAUAUGGUCGGACCUGUGGCCAGCUAUGAGACGGGUUGACCAGCAUGCGUGUCACCCCGAGCACUCAAUGCCCGCCCGCCUACAGCUUGCCAUUUGCAACAGUGUACUGGACCUCUGUGCGGCUAUGGCGGCCUCUCCAGAGAUGUCCCCCAACUCUGACGCAACAGUCAAGGAGCUGCUGGACUACCUUCUCGACAGCCUUCCUAACAUCGAGGGCGAACGGGCUGGCCUGGUAGGUCUCGCUCUGACGAAAUUAGCAGUUCAGCAGUUCGACUUGGUUAUGAGCGAUGGUCGACUACCCUUGGACAUUCGGGAGGAGAUUAUGCGGCAAGUACGGCGGAAUAAGAAACCUCGUAUUCCUCUGCGCAUUCCCGCGGGAGAUCUGAAAAAGUUGUUUACAGUCGGAGGUUGA